GGCUGUGACUGGACAGUGAGUGACCCCAUGCCUCUGAGUCCGGCUGCCAACGCUAAGCAUGACCCCCCUGAUCAUCCCCGGCAACCAGCCGCUACCAAUGGCAACCAGCCAGGUUCCGCCCUCGCCAGGGACGACGGGAGGACUUCCUCCCCAGAUCCUCCUGACGACGGCUCCGGAAACAGCAUCGUCAUCCGUAUUGGCAUCCCUGACCUGCAGCAGACGAAGUGUCUGCGGUUGGAUCCCGAGGCAGCGGUGUGGAGCAGUAAACAGCAUGUGUUAGUGACUCUAACACAGAGUCUGACUGAUGUUCUGAACUACGGGCUGUUCCAACCGGCCUUCAACGGACGAGCUGGGAAGUUCCUAGACGAGGAACGACUGUUGAAAGACUACCCUCUACCCCCCAUCACCCCUAUUCCCUAUUUAGAGUUUCGCUAUAAGAGGCGUGUUUACACUCAGAGCUAUGUGGACGACAAGCAGCUAGCAAAGCUCCAUACCAAGGCCAACCUAAAGAAGUUCAUGGAGUAUGUUUACCAGCUUAGCGUUGACAAAGUCUCCAGGUUCUUGGAGAAAGGUCUUGAUCCUAAUUUUCACGAUGCAGACACAGGAGAAUGCCCCCUAACCCUGGCGGUUCAGCUCGAGGGCAGUGCAGAGCUGAUUACAGUGCUGAGGAGUGGAGGAGCUCACCUGGACUUCAGGACGAGAGACGGAAUCACAGCGCUACACAGAGCUGUUCUCUCUAAGAACCACACAGCACUCACAACUGUGUUGGCCCUGGGUGCAUCUCCAGACUAUAGGGACAGUCGUGGGUUAACUCCUUUGUACCACUGUGCCAUGGUGGGGGGAGACCCGUACUGCUGUGAACUGCUGCUACAUGAACACGCUGUCAUAGGCAGCACCGACGAGAAUGGCUGGCAGGAGAUACACCAGGCAUGUCGUCAUGGUAACGUGCAGCACCUGGAACAUCUGCUGUUUUACGGAGCCGACAUGAGCUCCCAGAAUGCCUCAGGGAACACUGCCCUGCACCUGUGUGGUCUAUACAACCAGGACGGCUGUGCCAGAGUUCUGCUGUUCAGAGGAACAAAUAAAGACAUUAAGAACUACAACAACCAAACAGCUUUUCAGGUGGCCAUCAUUGCUGGGAAUUUUGACCUGGCAGAGAUCAUUAAGAUACAUAAGGCCUCAGACGUAG